AAUCCAAGAAACCUCAAAUGGCAAAACAUUUUCCGUAACAAUAGAAACCCCAAACAUCCAACGAGACAUACGUGGUUACCCCAUUCCUCGCCAUGACCUAAUUUGCAAAAUCACCAAAAUCCUUCAAUCAUCAUCACCAGCAAUCUCCCCUUCUUCCAAACUAAUCACUGAUCCAUUUCUUCAAGUCUCAGAUUAUCUCCAAACCUUAAACCUAACCUUAACUCCAUCUGAAGCAAGUGAGAUUUUAAAAUCACUCAAAACCCCUCAAAAAGCAUUGGAAUUCUUUAAGUUUUGUUCUGAUGAAAUCCCUGGGUUCAAACAUGAUUGUUUUACUUAUAAUCGGAUUCUUACGAUCUUAUCGAAGUCGAAUUCGAUGGAAAUUGUGAAGGCAGUUGUGGAUGAGAUGGAGAAAUGUGGGAUUAAAGGGAAUAUAUCUACUGUUAAUAUAUUGAUUGGGAUUUUUGAUGGGGUUUUGGAAUUGGAGAAAUGUGUUGGAUUGGUUAAGAAAUGGGGGUUAUUGUUUAAUUGUUAUACUUAUAAAUGUUUACUUCAAGCUUAUUUGAGGUGUAAUGAGGUUUCGAAGGCUUUUCAUAUUUAUAUUGAAAUGAGAAGGAAAGGUUAUGUUCUGGAUAUCUUUGCUUAUAAUAUGCUAUUGGAUGCGCUUGCGAAAGAUGAUAAGGCUGAGCAGGCAUCUAAAGUUUUUGCAGACAUGAAGCGGAAGCACUGUGAGCCCGAUGGGUAUACAUACACAAUUAUGAUCAGGAUGAAUGGAAAGAUUGGGAAAGCAGAGGAAUGUUUGUCUCUCUUUCAAGAUAUGGUAACCAAGGGAUGUUCCCCCAAUCUGAUUGCUUAUAAUACCAUGAUCCAAGCACUUGCAAGGAACCAUAUGGUUGAUAAAAUGGUUUUUCUUUUCUCUAAAAUGGUUGAAAAGGGUUGCCAGCCAAAUGAAUUCACGUACAGUGUUAUUUUGGAUGGUCUUGCUGCAGAAGGUCAACUUGUCAGAUUAGAUGAGGUUGUGGAAAUGUCUAAGAAAUACAUGCACAAAGGUAUUUAUUCUUAUUUAGUGAAGACGCUGAGUAAAUCUGGUCAUGCAAGUGAAGCUCAUAGGCUUUUUUGUAAUAUGUGGAAUUCUAAUGAUGGGGGUGAUAGGGAUGCUUAUAUGUCUAUGCUGGAGAGUCUAUGUCAUUCAGGCAAAACUGCAGAAGCUCUUGACCUUCUCAAUAAAAUUCAUGAAAAAGGAAUCAUGAUUGAUACAGUCAUGUAUAACAUGGUAUUCUCUGCUCUUGGCAAGUUGAAGCAGAUUUCUCAAAUUCACGAUCUUUAUGAGCAUAUGAAGAUAAACGGCCCUUCCCCAGACAUAUUCACCUAUAAUAUUCUUCUUGCUGGUUAUGGUAGAGCUGGCGGAGUUGAUGACGCAGUUAAACUAUUUGAAGAGAUGGAGAAUGGCGAUUGUCGACCAGAUAUCAUUACUUACAAUUCUUUGAUCAAUUGUCUUGGCAAAAAUGGUGACCUCGAUGAAGCCCACAUGAAAUUCAAGGAGAUGCAAGAGAAGGGUUUGAAUCCUGAUGUUGUAACUUACAGUACUCUCAUCGAGUGCUUUGGGAAAAAGAAUAGGGUUGAAAUGGCUCUCACUUUGUUUCAUGAGAUGCUUGCAGAAAGUUGUUACCCUAACAUUGUGACAUAUAAUAUCUUACUCGACUGUCUUGAGAAGUGUGGCAAAAGAUCAGAAGCACUUGAGCUGUAUGCUAAGCUGAAACAGCAAGGACUAACUCCAGAUACUAUUACGUACGCUGUUCUUGACCGUUUGCAAAGUAAAUCACAUAAAACUGUAAGAAUACGAAGGCAGAGUCCUAUUUCAGGAUGGGUUUUUUGCCCUAUAGGCUGAGUUGUAGCUUUGUGGCGCGUGAAUUGACUACCUCGACCACUAACGAGGGUCUAGAAAUGGAAAUUGACAAGCUUGGAUAACCCUUGGAGAGAAACCAAGAUCAGCUUCCAGUGUGUUCUCCUAAUAUCCGCCCAUCGCCCGUUUUCAUGCGCCAAGAAGCUGAAAAAUAAUCGAAGGUGGAGCCUGAAGUUUUGGAUUCUUGCUCCGUGCAGCUACAAAAAUCAACAUCUGCAUCUAUUUACUGGUCUGGUAGUUGUUUGCAAACCCAUGAUAAUCAUAACUGAGCUGGAAUACCAGUGCUGGUACACUGGUAUCUCAAAAGUUGGAAA